AGUUCUACACUAUCUUCUAGUUCUACACUAUCUUCUAGUUCUACACUAUCUUCUAGUCCUACACUAUCUUCUAGUUCUACACUAUCUUCUAGUCCUACACUAUCUUCUAGUUCUACACUAACUUCUAGCCCAACACUAUCUUCUAGUCCUACACUAUCUUCUAGUUCUACACUAAGUUCUAGCCCAACACUAUCUUCUAGUCCUACACUAUCUUCUAGCCCAACACUAUCUUCUAGUUCUACACUAUCUUCUAGUUCUACACUAUCUUCUAGUUCUACACUAUCUUCUAGUCUUACACUACAUUCUAGUCCUACACUAUCUUCUAGUUCUACACUAUCUUCUAGUUCUACACUAUCUUCUAGUUCUACACUAUCUUCUAGUCCUACACUAUCUUCUAGUUCUACACUAUCUUCUAGUUCUACACUUCCUACACUAUCUUCUAGUUCUACACUAUCUUCUAGUUCUACACUAUCUUCUAGUCCUACACUAUCUUCUAGUCUUACACUACAUUCUAGUCCUACACUAUCUUCUAGUUCUACACUAUCUUCUAGUCUUACACUACAUUCUAGUCCUACACUAUCUUCUAGUCCUACACUAUCUUCUAGUCUUACACUACAUUCUAGUUCUACACUAUCUUCUAGUCUUACACUAUCUUCUAGUCCUACACUAUCUUCUAGUCUUACACUACAUUCUAGUCCUACACUAUCUUCUAGUUCUACACUAUCUUCUAGUUCUACACUAUCUUCUAGUCCUACACUAUCUUCUAGUCUUACACUACAUUCUAGUUCUACACUAUCUUCUAGUCUUACACUAUCUUCUAGUCCUACACUAUCUUCUAGUCUUACACUACAUUCUAGUCCUACACUAUCUUCUAGUUCUACACUAUCUUCUAGUUCUACACUAUCUUCUAGUCCUACACUAUCUUCUAGUCUUACACUACAUUCUAGUCCUACACUAUCUUCUAGUUCUACACUAUCUUCUAGUCUUACACUAUCUUCUAGUCCUACACUAUCUUCUAGUCUUACACUACAUUCUAGUCCUACACUAUCUUCUAGUUCUACACUAUCUUCUAGUUCUACACUAUCUUCUAGUCCUACACUAUCUUCUAGUCUUACACUACAUUCUAGUCCUACACUAUCUUCUAGUUCUACACUAUCUUCUAGUCUUACACUAUCUUCUAGCCCUACACUAACUUCUAGCCCAACACUAUCUUCUAGUCCUACACUAUCUUCUAGCCCAACACUAUCUUCUAGUUCUACACUAUCUUCUAGUUCUACACUAUCUUCUAGUCCUACACUAUCUUCUAGUCUUACACUACAUUCUAGUCCUACACUAUCUUCUAGUUCUACACUAUCUUCUAGUUCUACACUAUCUUCUAGUCCUACACUAUCUUCUAGUCUUACACUACAUUCUAGUCCUACACUAUCUUCUAGUUCUACACUAUCUUCUAGUCUUACACUAUCUUCUAGCCCUACACUAACUUCUAGCCCAACACUAUCUUCUAGUCCUACACUAUCUUCUAGCCCAACACUAUCUUCUAGUUCUACACUAUCUUCUAGUUCUACACUAUCUUCUAGUCCUACACUAUCUUCUAGCCCAACACUAUCUUCUAGUUCUACACUAUCUUCUAGUUCUACACUAUCUUCUAGUCCUACACUAUCUUCUAGUCUUACACUACAUUCUAGUCCUACACUAUCUUCUAGUUCUACACUAUCUUCUAGUCUUACACUACAUUCUAGUCCUACACUAUCUUCUAGCCCUACACUAACUUCUAGCCCAACACUAUCUUCUAGUCCUACACUAUCUUCUAGCCCAACACUAUCUUCUAGUUCUACACUAUCUUCUAGUUCUACACUAUCUUCUAGUUCUACACUAUCUUCUAGUCCUACACUAUCUUCUAGUUCUACACUAUCUUCUAGUCCUACACUAUCUUCUAGUUCUACACUAACUUCUAGCCCAACACUAUCUUCUAGUCUCCAGUCUCUGCUCCCUGCCCUGGCCUUGAUAUAG